AUGACAGUCCGCGUAUUAGACGACUAUUAUCUUGGAAUUACUGCAAUCAUCACGAUUGCGUACCAAAUGAGUUUUUUUGUGAUUGCUUGGUUUUGUCAAUUUGAUAAAGUAACCGACUUUGCUGGUGGAUCGAACUUUGCUAUCCUGGCGUUAAUAACUUUGACAUUCGGAGGCACAUAUUACGACAGACAAAUAAUAGCAUCAGUUUUUGUAAUUACAUGGGGAUUCCGUCUAGGCCUGUUCUGCCUCUACAGAAUACUUAAAACUGGUCACGACUCUCGAUUCGAUGGUCGCCGCGAGAACUUUGUUUCAUUCCUUGGUUUCUGGAUUUUUCAAAUUAUUUGGGUCUGGACAGUAUCAUUACCAGUGACUUUAGUGAACUCACCGAGAGUUAGCAAAAUGGAGUUAGACGGACGAGAUGUUAAAUUUGGAAGCGCUACAGACAUUCUUGGAAUUGUGCUAUGGGUCAUAGGCUUUUUAUGCGAAACUAUUGCUGAUGCACAGAAGUUUCGGUUCAGACAGAAUAGAAAAUCGUCAAAAGAAUUCAUGAAGAGUGGAAUCUGGGCAUGGAGCAGACAUCCAAACUACUUUGGGGAGAUUGUCCUUUGGUGGGGAAUAUUUUUGCUAUGCCUUGAGCCAACGCUAUCGGGCAUUACUAACGUCCCGUGGUUGUCGAUUGCAUCACCCGUUUUCACAAUGAUUAUUCUGUUGGGCCUCUCGGGACUACCUUUUAAUGAACGCCCGACAGCAGAGAAACAAUAUACUUCUGGAAAUUGGGAUAACUAUUCCGUAUAUUUAAAAAGAACGAGCAUACUUAUUCCCUUCCCUCCGGCCAUCUACGAGAAAUUCCCGCAGUGGGUGAAGAGCACAAUAUUCCUCGAAUUUCCUAUCUAUCGCUAUACGCCACAGAAUGACAUGGCCUAA